AUGAGCUGGCUCGGGCAUCACUUCUCCAGGCCCCACGAGGACGUUUCCUUGCUCAGUACACAUGCGCCACUCUUCUCCCUCGUAUCGUCUGAAGAUGAGCAUUUCAUUUCCCACUUGAGGAGCCAAGUACCAGCUCGAACCGUGGUGAAGCAGCCUAUCCGCGGAGCCAGCAGCAGGACCACAGUCACGACCAUCAUCCAGACUGGUGGGGACUGGAGCACCGGCCUCUUCAGCGUCUGCAGAGACAGGAAAAUCUGUUUCUGUGGUCUCUUUUGUCCCAUGUGUCUUGAGUGUGACAUUGCCAGGCAUUAUGGAGAGUGUCUUUGUUGGCCACUGUUACCAGGGUCUACCUUUGCACUGAGAACUGGCACCAGAGAGAGACAUAAGAUACAGGGGACACUCUGUGAAGACUGGAUGGUGGUGCAUUGCUGCUGGCCUUUCUCCAUCUGUCAGGUGGCCCGAGAACUCAAGAUGAGAACCGCCCAACUCUACGAGAUCUGUGCAAUUCAAGCACCCAAGGACAGCCUGGUUUGA